AAUUUCCACAAAGAAGCGUGCUUUGCGCAGCAUAGCCAGAGUCCAGAGACGGGCAUCGGCCAUCAUUCACGAACCCGGCACCUAAGUCACCUGACGCACGCAGCACGCCUCAGCCAGCACCGCCGGACGUCGCCGUCUGCUCGCAGACUCUCCGGAGACGCACCCUAGUCCCUAAGCUGCUCUCUGACUCGCCUUCUGCUCCUGCUCCGGUCUGCGGACUACGAACUGCGCAGCUAUGGCUGCUGCCUGCUGUCUUCUUCUGGCUUGAGUGCGCAGCUAUGGCUUGAGUGACACAAUCAAUUUGGCGUUUCUCCUCUCCUCUCUUCAAGCUCACUGCUUGUCUCCUUCUGCUCAUCCGAGCCAAGGGCUUCGUAAAAUUAGACAACAUAUAGUCAUUUGACCUUAUUGGCUUCAUACCUUAAAGCUACGUCAGAUUUUUGUGGAGAUAGACAGGUAAAAACAAAAUCUGUUUGACAAAAGAGCCGUGAGCAGAGUUAGGACUAUAAAGGUGUUAUUUAUAGCAGCAGAUUCAAAGCAAGUUCCAUAAAGGUCUUAUAAAACUCAUCUUGGCACAUUGUGUAUUUAUAGAUACACUGAUAUAGAUUCCACAUUUCCACCACAUCGUGACGAAGCUUCCACAUUUUCUGGAACGUUCCUUCACAGUUUUCUCUACUUUCCGCCAACUUCUGCCUGUUUUGCGAUCACUCCUCUCCAAUGGAAAGCAUAGCUUCGAGUAGUGGAACUUCACCUAACUCUCAACAGCCUCAUGCACAGUCCCUUAAUGAUUGCUUGAGUCUCCUUAGAGGGGGGAGAGACGAGCAGCGUUUAGCUGGUCUGCUAUUGGCAGCAAAGCUAUGUGGGAAGGAUGACCACACUGCUAUUCAGAAGGUCUAUGAUGCGGUAGGACCACAAUUUAUGCACCGCCUCUUACAGACUGGGAUGGGGAAAGGAAGUUCAGGAGGUGGAGGUGAUGAGAACCGAGAUGCAUACUUGCAGUUAUCUAUCGUAGUGUUUUCUGCAUUUUGUAGAGUUCCGGAGAUCGCUGCUUCUGAAGGCAUGGUUUCCAUGUUCCCGCUUAUUGUGGAGGUUACAUCCAGAGAAUCAGUAUCAUCAUCUCUCCUAGAAGAGUGUUAUGAGAUUUUACAUUCAGUGUCUGCUGCUCAUGAAGAAAAAGUUUACUCUGAGUAUGCAAGAGAACUGGCCUCGUUGGUUGCCGUGUUAUCAAAGCAAUUUGCCAUACUACAAAAUGCCCUGAAAUUUGAAGUGCUUAAUUUGCUAUCUUCAAUCAUGUCAAAUAAGUAUUCUGCACCAGUUCAUGAUGCUCUUCGCUUACUUCCCAAUGAUGCCUGGACAACUAACCUCCGAAUUGGCAGCGUAGAUAUUCUGCAAAACCGAGUUGCACCUUCAUCAAAGUUUCAGGCACUUGUCUUGUCUGAGUGUGUCAUGUCUAUUGUCGGUGAAAGGUGGCUUAUUGGGGAGAUGUGUUUACGUGAUGCUACAUAUUCUCUUUCUCCAGAUAGAUGUCUACUGCUGGUUUUGGAGUCAACCCGUGUUGAAAUUGAUGUCAUUUUAAACGAGCUUGGUUAUUUGAAGUAUGAGUCCUCUAAGGACUCUUCAUCAACAGCUGAUAAGAUUCUAGUUAAGCAAAAGAAUCUUGGUGUUGCUUUCUCUUUGUUGGAAAAAGUAAUCAAACUCUUAUCAUCGUUUGCUGAAGCUGAAGAGCCAAACAAGAAUUCCAUCAUUAGCGAGAGUACUUCAAUCAAGAUUAUUUUUGGUCUCAACAAGACAACUGAUGUCAUUCUGGACUUCCUCAAAGAUGCCAAGGUACAUGGGCUGAGGAAGGGAGAUGAUCUUUUAGCAUCAGUGCGAAUAGUUGGAAGUUAUCUAGCAGAGGCUCCUGAUGCAUGCAGAGAAAAAGUGAUGGAGCUUUUAGGUUUCAUGCUCUCAGUAGAAGGGGAAACAGAGCUUAGUCCGUUCUACUCCAUUUGCUUCUUGCUUCCGAUGCUAUGUCAAUUAACAGCCGAGACUGAUGGGUGUAAAUUUUUAGCAUCUUCUGGGGAAUUUAGAGUGAUUGUUGGAUGCAUUGUUGAUUUCAUUAAUAAUGGUGACAAGAAUGAGAACGAUGAUUCUAUACUAUUGGCAUGCGAUACCAUUUUAAAUUUUCUUCUAAAGAGAGAGCAAUUUCAGUUCCCAUUGCAUGACCCCAUCUUUGUCAAACUGUUGGGAGUUUUGUCACGUUGGGCAGAGGAUAUGGAUGACUGUCCUAAAAUUUUACUGGCUUCAAGCAUUUGCUCCCUGAUACUCAGUGCAACAUGUGAGGCGGCUCUUGUUAAUCAUUCAAACUUUGACAGUGGAAAGCUGAUAAGUCUGUCAAAGCUCAUCAAAAGAAGUUUGACACUGUGCGGGCAGGGUCUGACAUCUGAAGAUACUAAUAGAGAAACAGAUCUUCAUAAGAUCAUUAGUUCUGGAUAUUCACAAUGGGCUGAUCACUUUCCUAGUAUUAAAGAAGCAGUGGAGAGAUUAUCUUUCUAAUGAAGCUUUCAUAGUGUCUCACAUAUGGUAAAGGGGGUCACUCAGCUACUUCAUCAACCCGUAGAUAUUCUUGGUUUGAUUCUUGCAAAUGUGAUGGCCCUUACUUGUCUGUGGAUGAUCAGUAGAUAGUUUGUCUUUUGGGCAUCAGGAAACUAUCUAGCUUUGUUCUGGUUUUGCGCGGGUUGGACCCUGGAGGGCAUGGCUUUGGUUCUGAUUUUUGUUUACCUGUAAGAACCGAACCAUAGUUGUAUUAUACGUAGUAAUAAUGUUUUGGUUGGAGGUUGACCUGUUGUUAUACUAGUAUCAGUGAUGUAAGCAAUUAGGCAUUCCAAAAUGAAAUCGUAGAUGUUGUAACUUGUAAGCAUCAUAUAAACAGUAGUUUUUUUGAACAUUUUUAUCUGCCUUCCCAAUUGAUUUUUUAGUUGAAAUUUGGUAUGUAUAAACUAGACUUGAUA